AAAUGAAAGUCCGACCUCGUAGCAACGUGGCUCGUGAUUGGUCAGAAGACACGGCUAGCUGGUCGGCCUCACUCGCUAGCAACCUCCAGUUUUUAUUUCUUGACAACAACGACAAUGUUCACUCGGUGAACGCUAAAGCCAAAGGAAAAAAAAAAAAAAAAACCACCGCAGCGGAACACCAUUCCUUUGCACUUUUGUAUCAUUUGACGUUCGGAAUUAUGGAACAAUCAGCCCCCAAAAGCAAGCUGAAAAAGCUGAGCGAAGACAGCUUGACCAAGCAGCCAGAGGAAGUGUUUGAUGUCCUGGAAAAACUUGGGGAAGGCUCUUAUGGCAGCGUGUUCAAAGCCAUCCACAAGGAAUCGGGUCAGGUCGUGGCCAUCAAGCAGGUUCCCGUGGAGUCGGACCUGCAAGAGAUUAUCAAGGAGAUUUCUAUCAUGCAGCAGUGCGACAGUCCCUACGUGGUGAAGUACUACGGCAGCUACUUCAAGAACACAGACCUGUGGAUCGUCAUGGAGUACUGCGGGGCGGGCUCCGUCUCCGACAUCAUCAGGCUGCGCAACAAGACGCUGACGGAGGACGAGAUCGCCACCAUUUUAAAGUCGACCCUGAAGGGUUUGGAAUACCUUCACUUCAUGAGGAAGAUCCACCGGGACAUCAAGGCCGGCAACAUCCUGCUGAACACGGAGGGACACGCCAAGCUGGCCGACUUUGGGGUGGCCGGACAGCUCACGGACACCAUGGCAAAGAGGAACACCGUGAUCGGGACGCCUUUCUGGAUGGCGCCGGAGGUGAUCCAGGAGAUCGGGUACAACUGCGUGGCCGACAUCUGGUCGCUGGGCAUCACGUCCAUCGAGAUGGCCGAGGGCAAGCCGCCCUACGCCGACAUCCACCCCAUGAGAGCCAUCUUCAUGAUCCCCACCAACCCUCCCCCGACGUUCCGGAAACCGGAGCUGUGGUCGGACGACUUCACGGACUUUGUCAAGAAGUGUCUGGUCAAGAACCCGGAGCAGAGAGCCACGGCCACGCAGCUCCUACAGCACCCGUUCAUAAGUCAGGCCAAGCCGGUCUCCAUCUUGAGGGACCUGAUCACCGAGGCCAUGGAGAUGAAGGCCAAGAGGCAGCAGGAGCAGCAGCGGGAACUCGAAGAGGAAGACGACAACUCUGAGGACGAAACCGAGGUGGACUCGCACACCAUGGUGAAGUCCGGCUCGGAGGGCGCGGGCACCAUGCGGGCCACCGGCACCAUGAGCGACGGCGCGCAGACCAUGAUCGAGCACGGCAACACCAUGCUGGAGUCCGACCUGGGCACCAUGGUCAUCAACAGCGACGACGAGGAGGAAGAGGAGGAGCAGGGAUCCAUGAGGAGGCACGCCACCCCGCAGCAGCCCGUGCGUCCGUCCUUCAUGGACUACUUUGACAAGCAGGACUCCAACAAGGCGGCCCAGCAGCAGCAGCAACAUCAGCAGCACCAGCAGGAGAACUACAACCACAACCAGCCUCCGGAGAAGCCCGGCUACCACAUCCAGUCCAAGAACAUCUUCCCCGACAACUGGAAGGUGCCUCAGGACGGGGACUUUGACUUUUUGAAGAAUCUGGACUUCGAGGAGCUUCAGAUGCGCCUGAGCGCUCUGGACCCCAUGAUGGAGCGCGAGAUCGAGGAGCUGCGGCAGCGCUACACGGCCAAGCGCCAGCCCAUCCUCGACGCCAUGGACGCCAAGAAGCGGCGGCAGCAGAACUUUUAAAGCCCGGUGACGCGACGCGCGCACUCGUGGGAACAUUUACAAGCCACGGAGCUCGGGGAGGAAGCAACAUUCAUGACCAAAGACAAUCACAAAUUGCGUUGCCUUAAAUGAGCGAGGGGCCAGCGGCCAUUUUAGUUUGCAUGAAACCGCCGCAGUUGAAGAAGACCGCGCAUUUCAGGACUCGUUGUUUUUACAAACAUUGUCAAUGUUAUGUCGUCUUUUUUUUUUUUGUUUUGUUUUUUUUAAAGAUCUUCAAUCUCAGCAGCUCAGUCACACAAGCAUCGUUUACACCGACAUACCGCAGAACCAUCAGAGUCUUAACGGAACACUCAAAAUGGCCGCCUCACAGCUGGAGCAAGAAAUCUGUAGUCCGUCGCCUUUUGGCGCAGGACCCGGCGAAGACGCGUUACCGCCACUGAGAAGGUAAAAGAUCAUUCUGGAGCUGACAUUUUAUAAUAGAGAAGUAAACUUUAUAUAGUUUGAGAGCAAACGGUGACAAAAGUAUGCUAGCAUAAUGUGCAGGGCCGUUGACGGAAUAAUGGAAAUUAGCAUUCAUUUUAAACAACAGCUACUUGCUAUAUUAAAAGGAAAAAAACGUCAUUUCAAAGAUGUUAGGCCUCUGUUAUUGCUAACAUAGAAUAUAAAACACCAUAGACAAGCUAACUCAAAAAUAAUUGCAGAAUGCCAUAGACAGGCUAACGCACAAAUAAUUGCAGAACGCCAUAGACAGGCUAACGCACAAAUAAUUGCAGAACGCCUUAGACAGGCCAACUCACAAAUAAUUGCAGAGCGCCAUAGACUGGUUAACCCACAAAUAAUCGCAGAACGCCGUAGACUGAUUAACUCACAAAUAAUUGCAGAACGCCGUAGACGGAUUAACUCACAAAUAAUUGCAGAACGCCGUAGACGGGCUAACUCACAAAUAAUUGCAGAACGCCGUAGACGGGCUAACUCACAAAUAAUUGCAGAACGCCGUAGACGGGCUAACUCACACAUAAUUGCAGAACAACGUAGAUAGGCUAACUCACAAAUAAUUGGAGAACGCCAUAGACAGGCUAACUCAAAAAUAAUUGCAGAAAGGAACUAUUAGCGACCGCUUUCAGGUUCUUCAUUCCUUUCCCUCCAUUUGAAAUUGCGAAGGAGGCAAACCGGACCGAAGGGAGCCGACACCAGAACGCCGCUCGUUGACAACUAUAAUGGAUAAUAUAAUUUUUUAUUUUUAUUUUUUUUUUUUAUAAAACGAGCCUUUUUGAAUGCAUGUAACAUUUGCAGGAUCCACGUGAAUUAACAGCUGUUACGCUAUUUAAAUGCUUUUCAUCGUACUACAUUCAUUCAAACGCGGUGGUAAAAAGUUUGGGGGGGGGGUUGUGAACCGCAGCUGACCUUUUUUUUAAUUUUAUUAUUAUUAUUUAUUUUUUCACACAUUUCUUUUAGCGACACAGCUGAAUAUAGAAGCUACAUUUUUUUGUUGUUGUUCACGCGUAUGUAAGGAGAGUUCCGAUUAAAAAGUACAGCGAGAAAAGCGGCGAGUUAGUAUUAUGGUGAUUGUUAAACUGAAAUGACUUCUUUUUUUUUUUUUUCACCACUAAAUCAUGACGAUGCAUCUGAACCGAUUAAUUUAUUACCUUUGUAAUAAUCUUUUGUAUAAAGUGCAUGGAACAAUAAAAGUUACUUUUAGUCAA